AAGAACUGCGCAUGUGCACCGACAUGCGUAUUUAGUUACGGUGGACUUGGGGUGGAUGGCUGUCAUGGUUGUCCAACUAAAUCCACAUUUCGAAUUUCGACUCCUGAAGGAAUAUUCUAGAUCUGGCCAGAAGGAGCCAGAAAGAAAGGUGCAUUCAACCUUAAGCAAUAAACCAGAUAAUCAGCAGAUGAUUGAAGAAACGCCACCCUAUGAGAGGAGGUGUGGAAAAAAUUGCAAGAGCGACCCAGGGUUUAAUGUACAAGAGAGUGAACCAGAAAAACACCGACAUUAUGAAGAGAUUGUAUCAGAAGCUGGGACACUUGGUGUACUGCAAAGUGGAAUAAGAAACUACCGACAAAAUCAACAUUAUGAAGAAAUUGUAUCAGAAGCUGAGACACUUGGUGUUCUGCAAAGUGGAACACGAAACUACCGACGAAAACAACAUUAUGAAGAAAUAGUAUCAGAAGCUGAGACACUUGGUGUACUGCAAAGUGGAACACGAAACUACCGACGAAAACAACAUUAUGAAGAAAUAGUAUCAGAAGCUGAGACACUUGGUGUAAUGCAAAGUGGAAUAAGACAUUACCGACAAAAACAACACGAUGUAUUAAUUGUAUCAAGAGAGACACUUGGUGUCUUAAUGGGACAGAUAAAGAACGUAUUGGAGUUAUAUGUUAUGAACUUGCGUAUACAUUUUAGGGCGUAUGAUGUUGGUUUGCGAAUUUCAUGUUCAUAUUGUAAAGAUGGAAAGAUAAUGACUGAAGCUGAAUAUAAGAUGUUAAUGAUGCAGACUUUAACAGGAUCAUUGCCUGUUAGUGGAUUAGAAUGUAUGCCUUCAUAUAGUCAAAUAUCAUUUCCUUGGUUUUGUUUCGAUCCUUGGUUGUCUACAAAGGUCACAGAGAGGUUCUUUAACACCAACCCAGUGGCGGGGGAAGAAUAUAAGUCUGUUUAUAUCGAAACACUGUCUAACAUGAAGCAAGUGUGUCUAGUAUUUGAAGAAAAUGACACCAAUAAAAAUAUAGUUAGGGUUCGUGAAUAUCUUGAAACUGUUUUAGGCAUCACUGUGGUAGACAUCUAUCAUUCAUUUGAUGCUGGUAAAACAGAAAUUGAAAAUAUUGAAAAGUGUAUUUCGACAUCAGAAUAUUUUAUAUUUAUACCGACAAGAGGGGAGACGUCAAACAUUUUAAAAUAUGCAUUAAACUUAAUUGUGUCGGAAUUGUUUAAUUCAUCUGGUCGGAACAAUAUCCUAACUUUAACAGAUUCAACACAAAAUACUUGCAGUAUACCGCCGCUCUUGUGGCCAUUUCCAAUAUUCAUUUACAAUUUUGACCACAAUUUGGGUCGGCGUAUAUCGCCAUGUUUUAAUGAAAAUGAUCCACAGAUAAAUACAAACUGUAAAAUGAAUUUUCGUGCUCAUCGCACAAAUGUUAAAAUUUCCAAUUUGACAAACAGAGUUAAUUGUAAAGUAAAGGCAUUAAAGUCUGUUCGCAUAAUUUCAGACGAUAUUGAAGAAGGGGAAUUGAUAAAAAAAUCCAUUUUAUUACAAUCUCCCACUACCAAGGUCACAGUCAAUGACGACGAUGUACCUUGCGGGUCGUUGCUAUUUUAUGAAUAUGCGGCGAAGUUAUAUAAAGAUCAAUUGUUUGUUAUCGUCCCAUCUGUCGAGAGGUCAUGCGAGUCAGAAUAUGCCUUACGAGUUAUUUUUAGCAGGCUUAACCAAGAACUCGAUAACUUACGAAUACAAUGCGCAGAAACUAUUACCGCUAUUGACUGUUGUACUCAGUCGUACACCAGAUAAUUUCAUUUCAGAUAAUGUCUAUCAAACAUAUUGAUGUGUGGUUCGCCUUGCACGGUAUUUGUGUAUAAGACAUACGAAAUAUAAAUUACAAGUAACUUUUUAUGAUAAUAGAAAAAUAUAUAUGUUGUGGUGGUGGUGUGUGGUCCUGUGCGUAGAGCUCAGGUCAUAAAUCAGUUGAAGUUGAGCAACGUUGAGUGCCGAGUGUACUUCAUGGGUGGCCGUGUUUGGCAGCUUAACUCCUGAGAGUUUGAAGGACUUCAGUCCUGUCCCACAACGAAACACAUGUGAUACAUGUGGUCUCACCUUAGGCAAGUGCGUUUGUUCAAAAUUGCCUCUGUUCACCCAGCAGAAAAUGGGUACCCGGUGGGAUAGGUCAUGUGGCUAUUAACCUUCUAUCGCCUCACAGGCAGCUUGGGUUAUUCGGGGUAAUAAUAAUCAGAUUAUGUAGCGCAUUAUUAAUUCACACUUAUUAUUAUUAUAAAUUCCUUUUGAAAAGGUUCCUUUAUUACAAGGAAUGAAAUGUUUUUUUUGUCAACAGAUAUAUUGUAUUAUUAUGGGCCUGUAGCCUUACUGAAUAAACUUCUGUCUGU